UGUCUCACUUUUCUCAUAGCUUUUACUCAGCACAAGACUUUGUUUUUCACGUUUCCUAAUGAAUUUUUGCAUUCCAUUAUACUUCAACUUUUGUUUUUCUUCUUUCAAAACAUCAUCUUCCUCAUCGUUGAAAUCAGUUUCACCUCCAUCUUUCUCCUCGUCUUCAGAGAACUGCGGAGCGAUAUUCAUGUCGUUGUUCCUACUAUGUUUAGGAAAUCAUACAUAUACCAUAGCUAACUUUCAAAUUCAGCCAAAUGAAAUGUUAUUCAAAACCUCUGCUCACAAGUAUGCUUUGAAAUUUAAUAGUGGGACAAGCCUUGGAAAUUUCAACAAACAUGCAAUUCCUCCAAAGCUUAUCAAGUUCACUCCAUUUGAAGAAAUUAUUUCUAGAGAAUGGAAGAAAAAUAUGUUAAUAGGAAGGAUAUGCUCAUCACUGCAUACAUUUCAAUAAAAAACAGAGUGGUUCGACUCCAACAUUAAUAAUGUUGCGCUACGUGAAAGUUAAAUAUAUUCACUCAUGUUUAUAUUGUGGAUCUUUGUUGUUGUCUUUGUCUAAUCUAUUCAUUAGAAAAUAUUGAUAUAUAGGUAAAUAUCCAUUAUUAGUUUCCAACACUUUUAAUGUCACCAUCUUACACAUCAAUGAACCAAUGUCAUAAAUAUUUGAUUUCCAGGCCAAUUUUUUUACUGCUUACUUGCUUAAAUCGUUGUAAGUAUGUUUCUCAUUUAUUGAUUCAUUAUAUAACACAUUGCAUUAUCCCUCACAUUAUAGGAUACCAAAAGAUUCAUGGGUGGAUAAUACAAGUCAAGAUUUUAGUACACUUUUUUGACAGGACUUCUCAAAA